CAGCCGUCUCCAGCACCCUCGGCUCCGCACGGCCGUUGGUCCGGGCGGGGGAGGGAGAAAGUGAGACUCGGUGUCAUCACCAUCCAUUGUCAGGAGGGGAGGAAACUGGAAUCCAGCAGCGGCGAGCAGCAGCUGGGCGGUCACAUCUGGGAAUGCACAGCCGACCUCCCCCUCCUCCUCCUCCACCGCCGCCUCCUCUCUCACCCAGGAUCACUUCCGAAAUCACUUCGUCUUCAGCCCCUGCCUCGGCCAGAGGGAUUUAUUUAAUGGGGAUGUGUUCAAGGCAAGAGCGAAUUCAGAAGGAUAUCGACGUCGUGAUCCAGAAGUCCAGAGCAGAGAAGGACUGCCUGUUUGCAGAUUUCAGAUACUCAGACUCCACCUUUACUUUCACCUACCUUGGCGGCCCCAAAAGUGUAUCCUAUUCAGUGCAUGUAUCUGAAGAUUACCCAGAUAAUACAUAUGUGUCAAGUUCAGAAAAUGAUGAAGAUGUAUUAGUUACUACAGAGCCAAUUCCAGUAAUUUUUCAUCGAAUAGCAACAGAAUUAAGAAAGACAAAUGACAUUAACUGUUGCUUAUCCAUAAAGUCCAAAUUACAGAAGGAAAAUGGGGAGGAGUCAAGACAAAAUAGUACAGUGGAAGAAGAUUCUGAAGGUGAUAAUGAUUCUGAAGAAUUUUAUUAUGGAGGACAGGUAAACUACGACGGGGAACUGCAUAAGCACCCACAGCUCGAAGCUGAUUUAUCGGCCGUGAGGGACAUCUACGGGCCACAUGCAGUUUCUCUCAGGGAAUAUGGAGCUAUUGAUGAUGUAGAUAUUGAUCUGCACAUUGAUGUUAGCUUUCUUGAUGAGGAGAUUGCUGUGGCUUGGGAAGUGAUUCGAACAGAGCCUAUAAUUGUCCGACUACACUGUUCACUUACACAGUAUUUAAAUGGCCCAGUGCCCACUGUUGAUGUCUUUCAGAUUUCCACAAAAGAGCGCUUUGGAUUGGGACAUCAGCUGAAAAAAAUCAUGCAGACAUUUGUUACACAGCAGUGGAAACAGAGCAAAGAAAAAUCCAAUUGCCUGCACAGUAAGAAGCUGUCGGAGAAGAAGGUGAAGUCCCCCCUGCAUCUAUUUUCUACGUUGCGCAGGUCGCCAAGUUAUCCUCCCCCUGGUUGUGGGAAAAGCAAAUCCAAACUGAAAUCUGAGCAAGAUGGAAUCUCCAAAACGCAUAAGCUGCUGCGGAGGACUUGUUCCAGCACGGUCAAGACCGAUGACGUGUGCACCGCAAAGUCACACAGGACCUUUGGUCGCUCCCUGUCCAGCGACCCCAGGGCUGAGCAGGCAGUGACGACCAUUAAGUCACACAAACUCUUGACCCGUCCCUGCUCGGCAACUGUCAAGCAAGAGGACUGCCUCAGCCUCAAGUCACAUAAACUAUUGACUCGAUCUUGUUCUGGAGAUCCGCGCUGUGAGCACAACGCCAACCUGAAGCCCCACAAACUGUUAAGCAGGUCUUACUCCAGUAAUCUCAGAAUGGAGGAAUUGUAUGGACUGAAAAACCACAAGUUGCUCAGCAAGUCUUACUCCAGUGCCCCCAAGUCAUCCAAAACGGAGCCUUUCAAGGAACCUAAUGCAGAGGGCAGGAGGCUCUCUCUUACCUCAGGGCUUAUUGGAAUCCUAACACCAUCUUCAUCUUCAUCUUCCCAGCCUGCUCCAAAUGGUGCCAAAUGCAUCCCAAUACGUGACCGCGGCUUCCUGGUGCAGACAAUUGAGUUUGCUGAGCAGCGGAUCCCUGUGUUGAACGAAUACUGUGUGGUCUGUGAUGAGCCUCAUGUGUUUCAGAACGGCCCCAUGCUCAGGCCUACUGUGUGUGAACGAGAGCUGUGUGUAUUUGCUUUUCAAACCCUGGGAGUAAUGAAUGAGGCUGCUGAUGAAAUAGCAACUGGAGCUCAGGUGGUAGAUCUCCUAGUGUCCAUGUGUAGGUCUGCGUUGGAAUCUCCUAGAAAAGUCGUCAUUUUCGAGCCAUAUCCUUCUGUGGUAGAUCCUAACGAUCCUCAGAUGCUGGCCUUCAACCCCAGGAAGAAGAACUAUGAUCGUGUAAUGAAAGCACUGGAUAGCAUAACUUCCAUUAGAGAAAUGACACAAGCACCCUAUCUGGAAAUCAAGAAGCAGAUGGAUAAACAAGACCCCCUUGCUCAUCCCCUGCUGCAAUGGGUUAUUUCAAGUAAUAGGUCACAUAUUGUGAAACUGCCAGUUAACAGGCAAUUGAAGUUUAUGCAUACUCCACAUCAGUUCCUUCUUCUCAGCAGUCCACCAGCCAAAGAAUCCAAUUUUAGAGCUGCUAAAAAACUCUUUGGAAGCACCUUUGCAUUUCAUGGCUCACACAUUGAAAACUGGCACUCCAUCCUGAGGAACGGUCUGGUUGUUGCUUCUAAUACAAGACUGCAGCUCCACGGUGCAAUGUAUGGAAGUGGAAUCUAUCUUAGUCCAAUGUCAAGCAUAUCAUUUGGUUACUCAGGGAUGAACAAGAAGCAGAAGGUGUCAGCCAAGGAUGAGCCAGCGUCAAGCAGUAAAAGCAGCAGUGCCUCUCAGUCACAGAAAAAAGGACAGCAAUCUCAGUUCCUGCAAAGCCGUAACUUAAAAUGCAUAGCCUUAUGUGAAGUGAUCACCUCACCUGACCUGCACAAACAUGGAGAGAUUUGGGUUGUCCCGAAUACUGAUCAUGUCUGCACACGAUUCUUUUUUGUCUAUGAAGAUGGCCAAGUGGGAGAUGCAAAUAUUAACACACAAGAAGGAGGCAUUCACAAAGAGAUCCUUCGAGUAAUUGGUAAUCAAACUGCUACUGGUUAAAGGACCACCGUUUAAUUAACAUGAUUUGAAAGCCUUCCUCGCGUUCAAAGCUGGAUUUUGAACUGAAGAAGAUGAUAAAAUAAUUUAUUGUUAUUAUAAACAAAAUUAACCCUUUGAAUACUGAUUUUUUUCUUAGUAUUUCUAAGUAUCUCAUUAAAUACCUAAAAUGGUAUAAAAUUUAUCAAUUGUAGGGUUAUGGAAUCUAGUAAUAAAAUUACAACAGCACUUAAACUGAAGUUUGGGUUGCUCACACAAUAAACAGAUUGAAAAAACAGUUUUGUGCUGAUAUUUUUAUAUUAAACUCUUUAAUUGGAAAUUUGGUAUUAUAUACCGACAUUUUAGGAUACCAAAAUAGAAUUGAGAACAUUUUAUAAUGGCAUCUAAAUCUGUAAGAUACUUUGCAAUAAGUAUAAUGUUUGCACUUUCUGAUGUGCUAUAUAAUUAGUGGUAUGAACAUUUGAAUAUUUUGGGGAGGGAUGUUUCCUAUUCUGUUAUUUUUCCUUAUACAAAAACAGUUAGGUCUUAGAUGCAGUGCUUUGCCCAAAAGUAUGUAAUACACAUAUCUAAAGAUUCAAGCAUCAAAAUAUGUGAUGGUGCAUAUAUGUGUGUACAUACACAUAUACGUAUGUUGACAGCAGAGAUGGCACAGCUCCACAAUGCUAUUCUUAUUCAAUGAAAAGAAAGUAAUAUUCAGUAAGCAGUAAAUCUGGACAUAAACCAAGAUAUGAGCCAAAUUUACCAUAAUUCACUCACUGAAAAUAUUUGUGGACAGUUUUCCUAUUUGUUUAAAGAAUUUUUCCCUUCAGUUAAAAUUCAACUCUUUUUAUAAUGUUAUCUAAAAGUCAUAAAAUUUGGGGAACAUAGAUACCCCUGGUGGACUAAAUCUAUAUUCAAGUAAUCAUAUGUUGAAAAGAAAGGCCUCAGAAUUUAAACAAACCGUAUAUAUUUUUUAUUUCCUACAAUGGAACAUUUUUAAAAUUUAUUUAUACCACACCAGCAUUUUUAUAUUUUUUCAUCUAAUACCUCUGCUUAUUUUUUUUCGUAUUGAGAAAGAAGACAAACUUUGAAGUUUCUUUUAUAUUAAAAGAACACAAAUAAGUUUAUAGAGAACAAGAACACCAGCUCUCAGCAUUCUCCUUCCAAAAGUCAUGUGCUCAUCAAAAUCAUUUCUGUUUCUUUGGGUCCUAAAGUUCUUAUUCAUCACAAGUUUUAAUUGACAGUGUUUAUUUUCCUACGUGAUGUCUUCGAAAGAAGGCCAUUCAUGAGAGCAGUUUAAUUAGUGAGUUUGCCACUCUAUUCAAACCCUGAAUCAAGGCUCAUAUCUGAUUCUAAUUUAUUUGGAAAGAAAAAUAUAAAAGUGUAUAGUGAUUUGCAAAUAUAAUGUUAUAACUUCUGUGUUUAUUUCCUUUGGCAUAAAAGGUGAGAAAAAGAGGUCAGACACAUUGUUAAGAGUUGCUAUUUGGGAAAUAUUUACUAAUAGUUUGUUUUCUUAUGUGGUAAGUAAUUGAUAUGCCACGUAUUUCUGCAAAAAUAGACUUGAAGUGGUUGGAAUAUUAAUCAUUGUGAUAGGAUCCGCUUAAAACAUUGAUCUGUUUUGACUUGUGCCUCUGAACUCAAAGGCAGACUGAGGGAUAAUGUUGACACGAUAGGGCCAAGAUGUAGUAUCUUAUUUAGUGUUCUGUGACCAGAUAUUUGAAGACUUUACGUGGGCAAGAGGACUACUUUCUUCUUUCUGCCAAGUCUCCCAGAUUCCUUUGACUGUGUUUUAAAAACAUGUUUAACCAACAGAAUUAAAUUUGGGGAACAUUCUAUAUAUGACAUAGAUAUGAAGAUGUAAUAGCAUGAUUUGGAAAUUGAGGGCUUGGAACCCCAGCUGUUUGGCUAUUAGGACCACUGAGGCACCUCUGAAGACUCUCUGUAGUGCCUCCAAGCGUAAUUUAAAACCACUGACCUAAUCCACUACGACUUGACUUAACAGUUGAAUGAUGUAAAGAGUAUAGUAUUAGAAUCUGAACUGGAAGGGUAACGUGGAGGACUCAAGGAAGUUGAUCUAGCAGAGCAAGGAAAGUAGUGGAUAGUUUUAAUGUCUACUAUAUAUUACAAGCAGUAGGCAUCUUUUAUGAUAAAAUAAGAUGUCUUCUAAUGAUAACUACUCGAAUGCUAUUGCAAUACAGAAUGACAUUUUAAGUUUGUUUCAAAAAAUUGUGUCAGAGCCUUUGUAAGCAAAUAUUUUCAUUGAGCUUUUGAUAUUGGAAAAUGAUAGUAUGCUGAUGCUUAUCUUUAUUUCUAAAGAAUCUAAUUUCAAUAGACACUACUAUUAAAUGAAUAUCAUGCUUCCAGAAUCCAAGAAGGUCCUUAAAAUUUAGAAGUUUAAACAUCAUUAUCAUGCCUUGAUUCAGUCACCCCAUUAAGGUAUUAUCUAUUGACUUAUUUGAUGCUUCCAAACAUGUGAUAUUGUAUGUAUUUAUAUAAUCGUUUGAAGUAUGUUCACUGAUGCUUUGUAAUAGUUAUAUUAAUUGUGUAGCCAUUACUACUUAAUAUUAAUCCAUGGAGCAAAGGCAAUCAUUUAUUUUCAUUCUUGAAGUAGAGGAAGAAAAACCCAAUUUGUUAGUCCUACUUUUUCCUGCAUUACUGUCUUUGUAAAAUUUCACUAUGAAUAAUUUGUCCUCUUUUGUUGUCCACUGUAUUAAAAAAGGGAAGAAAAUGGUUGAACAGAGAAAAAAGUAAUAAUAUACAUAGAACAUAGUGCUAUAGCAUACUUUAUGGUAAGAUACUUUGGGUGUCUUAGAUUGCGUUAUGUGGAAGUGAUUUUUAUUUUUGUUGCUCAGCGGAUCUCAGUGAAGUGUUGGAUUUGAAGGUGGUUUUUAAAUUUAAAAUUUAAAUAUAAGAGUGUCACAUCCUUAAACUUGCUAUCAAAUAUUAUGUGAUAUGAGAAACCAACCCAAACCAUUGUUAGUGCUCUGAAUAUUUCUCAUUGAAAAAUUUAAGAGUUUAGAAAAGAAAUCCCUCAAUUAUUCUCCCCUUUGCUAAAAGAAAAGAAACCUUUAAUGUGCAAGUCUAUAAAUCUUUAAUAUCACUGAAUGGGUUUUAGCAGUACUUGGUACCAUAAUACCAUAACUUGCCUUGGGGCGUGGAGUUUCAGAAAAUUUUAAGGAAAAACUCAUCAUCCUUGUUAAAGUCUCGAUGACUCCAUCAGAUAGUAAUUUAACAUGUCAUGAAGGGCCAACUCAGCCUUGGACCAUCUACCAUCCAAAUAUAUAGAUUUCAUGGUGACACUUGAAGCACACUUUAAAAAUAUUAUGAUGUUCUUCUAUUGUCCUGCUGAAUUCUUCAUUAUAACACUACCUCAAGACAAAUGAUAGGCUGUAUGUUAAGGUAAAUUGGGUUUCCAGUAUAAGAAACAAAUAAAAUCUCACACAUAGAAGUCAUCAGAUAAUUCAACAGUCUGGAUGUAGAUAUUGUCAGUUACCUCUUGACAAUGCGUUAAUACAGAUGGUUCAAUCACUGGUGUUGAAUGACAUAGUUAACACCCAAUGAGUUAGGUGAAAGGGUUUCAAGUUGCAAAAUUUGAAAAUAAUUAGUUCCUUUUAAGAUUGGUUUUCUACAUGGGUCAAUUUUAUGUCGUUUCACCUAAAGACACAAACAGUUGCCCACUCUAAACAGUUAAAGGAUUAAAAUACCCAACUGCUAUGCCAGAAUGGCAGACUGAAUAUUCGAGUAUUUUGGUAUUGAAUGCCUGCUAAAUUUUUGCCAGAUUCUAUAUAAAUUUGAUGUAUAUUAUUACUCAGUAAAUUUUUCUUGGGGAUUUUCUAUACGCUAUGAUAUAUUAGGAUAAGUUUUUGUAGGUCAAAAGAAUUUCAAGUAGUUUUUAGACAAAACAUAUCCAUGAGUGUGAAAAAGCUGUGUUGAAGAAUAGAUUACAUUACACAUUUACCAGCUAGUCAGUAAAAAAUAGUGCUUAUUUACAUAGUCAACAUAAUUUAAUGUUCUAAAAAUAAUUUCUUCAACCCACCCAAUAUUUAAUGUAUCAUUUGAGAUUUUAAAAAACGCAGCCACUCCUUUAUGUAAACAUUAAGAUAUGCCUAUGUUUCUUUAACUAUACAGCCUUCUUUACAAUAAAUUCCUUGACUUUUGUGCACAAAAUAGUAUUGCAACCUGCUAUUUAGCCUUUGGUGCCUUAGAGUUACUAUAAAUAUCUAACAAUAUGUACAUUAUGUAAAUACUGCCAAGAGAUCACUAAGGCCAAAUAUUUUCUCUAUUCACUUUUUAUUGCACUUGCUUUCUAUUGCUACUUAAGCCUCUUUUAUCCAGCUUUGUAAUAGUUCUAACAUUGUAGCCAAUGUAAAUGUUUACUUUCAAUAAAUCUGAAUUUGUUCAACAAG